AUGCCGUCCGGUCAGCACUACCAGCCGGGAUCCCAGUCAAGCCGGGAAGGACUCGGUGUGGGAGUCCCACCCAAGCAACCCAAAUUUGUGAAGGAUGCCCCGGAUACCAAGACAAAGAAUUUAGUCAUCCGGCCCCCAGGCGACUUCCUCUGGGUAGAUUAUCAGGAUGAUAAGUCCCAAGGCCGCGAAUUAUCCCGUUCUAAGCAAGCUUUCGUAAGGACCCGCCAUCAUCGCAUGCGAAGGGAGAAGCAGCUGCAACAAUUAAAACCCCCUACCGAUCAUCAGGGUCCCUCACCGUCCGAUUCAAGUUCUACUACGUCUUCUACUUCUUCUACCUCUUCUACUACGGCCACCAACCCUGCGAGAAACACUACUCGUGUGCCCAAGCAUGAAGAAGAUUACGAUGAUAAUGUGCUGGAAUGUCGCAACCACUAUCAAGCGGCCCAGCAACGCCCAUUAAUAGUUAACUCCAUCGGGGCUGGGGUCCUCGAUGGAAGUCCUGCUCUGGCUGUCGCCAUUGACCAAAAUCCAAAUAUUUACUUCCAACAUUAUCGAAUUCAUAGCUCAAGAUCGUGCUUCCCUCUCUGCUCCAGCGGGGUGGUAGUCUGGUUUUGGCAAAAGGCCCUCGAAGAUCCCGCCUUGAUGCAAAUUAAAUUAUCAAUCAGCGCAUCUCACCGUGCUGCGAUUCUCGAAUCAUGUGGUGCUCCGCCGGACAUGAUUCGGAAGCCCGCACAGGAUGCACUUCGCCUCCGCGUUGGAACGAUCAAAUCAGUCCAGGAGCUAUUGCAACAUAAAGCCAAGAUAUACACUGGCUCAACCAUCUUUAUUAUUUCUCAUCUUAUUGUCGCAGAGGGUAUGGAAGGCAAUGUCGAGGCCGUCGAAGCACAUAUAAAUGGUAUGGAUAAAAUAAUUGCCGGGGCAGGUGGACUGGAUGCUCUUGAUUUUGGCCUACUGGCUAUGGUUUAUAGCUGCGCUUUCGUUCGAGGACUGAUAACUAAAUCACCACCGGCACUCUACAUGUGUUCUAAAUUCCAGAACAGAGUAUUCAAAGAGUCCGCCUUUUUCAAACUGAACAGCCGAUUUACAAAACAAUCCAAACUCUCCAAGCUCGGCACCAGUUUCCUCGACUCACCAUGGUCGAUAGAUCUUCCGCCCAUGUUCAAGUCGAUUAUUUCCUUGUUCCAGCAGCUGGUGACCUAUUACGAGAACUUGGACAUCGUCGUUGCCGAACCGAUUGUGAGCUCUCGCCGUUUCAAGAAACGCUGCGACUCACAAUUUUGA